UGGGGUGAUCGACAGAUGGAACGGGGUUAUAUUUUUGGAUUCUGUUGCUUAGUUCUCUUGGAUCCAGGACAGGUUUGGACUGGAGCUCCCAGUACCCAGAAACCUGAGUUGGCAAUGCAGAUGGAGAUCAAUGGAAGCACCACUUUGAGUCCCACCUUGGAGGACACAGCCAUGGCCCCCACUGGGGCUCUACCUGGGGGAGAUCGGUGCCUUGGUUACUAUGAUGUUAUGGGCCAGUGGGAUCCUCCAUUUAACUGUAAUUCGGGAAUCUACAAAUUUUGUUGUGGGACCUGUGGGUAUCGCUUCUGCUGCCAGUUCACAAGUGGGAGAUUGGACCAAAGUGGCUGCUCCAAUUAUGAGACACCAGAGUGGGUCAACACAGGCCAACCACCCCCUCGAGUGGAUGAGACCCCCGAGAAUCCCACCAGGGACAAGACCAACAUGAUUGUGUACAUUAUCUGUGGCGUGGUGGCCAUCAUGGUGCUGGUGGGCAUCUUUACCAAGUUGGGGCUGGAGAAAUCACAGAGUCCGCAGGCUGAGAUGACCAUGUCCAGAACACUCACAGAUCUCCUGAAGCAGCCAGGAUGUGGCUCUUCCGACCUCUUGCCCGACGGCCACAUUGGCAGUGUGCAGGUCCAGAUCAGUGACGGCCUUUCUCGAGGAUCUCCCAGGAACAGCACAGACAAGAACCACCUGAACAAUGCCGUGGUCAACCAGUCCGCUGUCCCGCAGAUCGGGCUGUCGCAUGCACACAUCAACCGGCUACCAAUGACAAGCACUCUGCCGCACCAGGCAUCAGACUAUGCCAAGUACGCAACCCUCAAGGCAGUCGAAAGUGCUCCUGAGGAAUACUACAAGAGGUUUCCUGGGGUGGACAUGCCACCACCGGGCCCUCUGUCCUUCCCUCCCUUGACGCUUCAUCAGAAAGAUAUUCCACCUUUCCAGGAUGGGUGUGCCCUGAUCGGGUUGGCCACGCCAGGACAGAAGGCCAAGGUGAUGAAAACCAACACCCACACACUGGCAGGCAGCCCUGCCUUCAAAGGGGGCUGGGACCCCAGUCACCCUGAUCCACGACGACAGGCCUACACCACCAAGCGCCAGUUCAGUAUUGAGAAACUGCCUGAGGUUUUCAGCCAAACACCUACUCACUAUGCCCAGCAGCAAAGGCCCUUUUCCACCAACAGCAAGACAGAGGUCACCGUCUAG